CAGAGCACAAGCCUGUAGUCAGAGCUGUUCACACUUGGGGACACAGCAGUGCUUGCGCCUCCUGCGCCACCCCCACCCCCCAUCCAAGGAUAUGCCUUCAAGCCUCCACCGCGGCCGGACUUUGGGACCUCCGGGAGAACAAUCAAACUACAGGCCAACUUCUUUGAAAUGGACAUCCCCAAAAUUGACAUCUACCACUAUGAAUUGGAUAUCAAGCCUGAAAAGUGCCCGAGGAGGGUUAACAGGGAAAUAGUGGAACAUAUGGUCCAGCACUUUAAAACACAGAUCUUCGGGGAUCGGAAACCAGUGUUUGAUGGAAGAAAGAAUCUUUACACGGCUAUGCCCCUUCCAAUCGGUAGAGACAAGGUGGAGCUGGAGGUCACACUGCCAGGAGAAGGCAAAGACCGCAUCUUCAAGGUGUCCAUCAAGUGGGUGUCCUGCGUGAGCUUACAGGCGUUACACGAUGCACUUUCGGGGCGGCUGCCCAGUGUCCCUUUUGAGACGAUCCAGGCCCUGGAUGUGGUCAUGAGGCAUUUGCCGUCCAUGAGGUACACCCCUGUGGGCCGUUCCUUCUUCACCGCAUCUGAGGGCUGCUCCAACCCUCUUGGUGGGGGCCGAGAAGUGUGGUUUGGCUUCCAUCAGUCUGUCCGACCUUCUCUUUGGAAAAUGAUGCUGAAUAUUGAUGUGUCAGCGACAGCUUUUUACAAGGCACAGCCAGUGAUCGAGUUUGUUUGUGAAGUUUUGGACUUUAAAAGUAUUGAAGAACAACAAAAACCUCUGACAGAUUCCCAAAGGGUAAAGUUUACCAAAGAAAUUAAAGGUCUAAAGGUGGAGAUAACGCACUGCGGGCAGAUGAAGAGGAAGUACCGUGUUUGCAAUGUGACCCGGCGGCCUGCCAGCCACCAAACGUUCCCUCUACAGCAGGAGAGUGGGCAGACAGUGGAGUGCACAGUGGCCCAGUACUUCAAGGACAGGCACAAGCUGGUUCUGCGCUACCCCCACCUACCAUGUUUACAGGUUGGACAGGAGCAGAAACACACCUACCUUCCCUUGGAGGUCUGUAACAUAGUGGCAGGACAGAGAUGUAUAAAAAAGUUAACGGACAAUCAGACUUCAACCAUGAUCAGAGCAACUGCCAGGUCGGCACCUGAUAGGCAAGAAGAGAUCAGCAAAUUGAUGCGAAGUGCAAGUUUCAAUACAGACCCAUAUGUUCGUGAAUUUGGAAUCAUGGUGAAGGACGAGAUGACAGAUGUGACUGGGCGGGUCCUACAGCCACCCUCCAUCCUGUACGGGGGCAGAAACAAAGCAAUCGCUACCCCUGUCCAGGGUGUCUGGGACAUGAGGAACAAGCAGUUCCACACAGGCAUCGAGAUCAAGGUGUGGGCCAUUGCUUGCUUUGCACCACAGCGCCAGUGCACAGAAGUCCAUCUGAAGUCCUUCACGGAGCAGCUCAGAAAGAUCUCAAGAGAUGCAGGCAUGCCAAUCCAGGGCCAGCCAUGCUUCUGUAAAUAUGCACAGGGGGCAGACAGUGUGGAGCCUAUGUUCCGGCAUCUAAAGAACACAUAUGCUGGCCUCCAACUGGUGGUGGUCAUCCUGCCUGGAAAAACCCCUGUUUAUGCUGAGGUCAAGCGUGUGGGAGACACAGUGCUGGGGAUGGCCACACAGUGUGUGCAGAUGAAGAACGUGCAGAGAACCACGCCACAGACUCUGUCCAACCUCUGCUUGAAGAUCAAUGUCAAACUGGGAGGUGUCAACAACAUCCUGCUGCCCCAGGGCAGGCCUCCUGUAUUCCAGCAGCCUGUCAUCUUUCUGGGAGCAGAUGUCACUCACCCACCUGCUGGUGAUGGGAAGAAGCCUUCAAUUGCUGCGGUUGUGGGCAGCAUGGAUGCACACCCCAACCGCUACUGCGCCACUGUACGCGUACAGCAGCACCGGCAAGAGAUCAUCCAGGACCUGGCUGCGAUGGUCCGUGAGCUCCUCAUCCAAUUUUAUAAGUCCACGCGCUUCAAGCCCACCCGCAUCAUCUUCUACCGUGAUGGUGUCUCUGAAGGCCAGUUCCAGCAGGUCCUACACCAUGAGCUGCUGGCUAUCCGUGAGGCUUGCAUUAAGCUGGAAAAGGACUACCAGCCAGGGAUCACUUUCAUUGUGGUGCAGAAGAGGCAUCAUACACGGCUCUUCUGCACUGACAAGAAUGAGCGGGUUGGGAAGAGUGGGAACAUUCCAGCAGGUACAACAGUGGACACGAAAAUCACCCACCCAACGGAGUUUGACUUCUACCUGUGUAGUCACGCUGGCAUCCAGGGGACAAGCAGGCCUUCCCACUACCAUGUCCUUUGGGAUGACAAUCGUUUCUCUUCCGAUGAGCUGCAGAUUCUAACCUACCAGUUGUGUCACACCUAUGUGCGCUGUACGCGCUCUGUGUCCAUCCCUGCACCAGCCUACUAUGCUCACCUGGUGGCCUUCCGAGCCAGGUACCACCUGGUGGAUAAGGAACAUGAUAGUGCUGAGGGAAGCCAUACCUCUGGGCAGAGCAACGGGCGAGACCACCAAGCCCUGGCCAAGGCGGUCCAGGUCCAUCAGGACACACUGCGUACCAUGUACUUUGCUUGACAUGUUCUAGUGUUUAGCGAUUGUGCACACCAAGUUGGAUGGAUUCACAUGAGACCAGCUACACUCAGACCAACAGACGCCCAGCCCUUCGUGACAGCCAGCAUCGAACAUGAAACGUCAUUGAUUUUAUUAGAUUCUCCAUUUUCCAGAAUGCCUUCCGUCCCAGAUUUCAAACUUGGAUUUUGAACUGCAGACCUGUAUGAGAUCCAGUUGUCGUAGGAAAUAUGGUUUGCCAAAAUCUAUAAGCUGCUUAUUAAAAAAAGUAGAGUCCCGUGUUUCCUAAAAAUCUCCUAAAACCAGUCUAUGAACUCAGGGCUUUAAAACAUUUUUAAUUUAUUUGGUCAUCCAAUUUACUUGUUUUUAAUACAUGAUUCUUUAUGAAAUUGAUGGGCUCAAACUAGCUGUGAAUGUUCUAAGAAUGAAAGCAACACCAAACACAAUUGUGGUUUUAAAGCCUUGACCAUUCUGAUGUUGUCACUAAUGUUGAUUCCUGUGAUGUUGUGUGCUCCUGACCUGGCUGUACAAGCUCCACGGCCCCAAGGCCAGGUAUGUGAGGCAGCCAUGGGCAUCUCACCCGGCCACUGCCUGUCUCACGUGGCCUCAGCAAAGGAGUGGUGGCAGGUAGGCCGUGUGUGUUUACAGCAGUGACAGGUCAAGAGAUUGGCAGAUAAGUGCCAUUUUAAUAAAAAAUUUAUUUAAAAGAAAAAGACAAUAUACUGACAGUCUAAUCAUAAGAUUUGUCCUAUAGGACUGUGACAUUUAUUUUCCAAAGUUUCUAAAGAAUACGGGUCUGUGGUGAUAAAAAUACAGUACAAUCCUUUUUCACUGUUAUGUCUUUAAUGUAAGAGAAAAAUAUAUAUAUAUAUCUGGUUUGCAGUA